UGAAACAACAAUCCCAAAAAAUUCUUUUGUUUGUUUAUAUUCCAUUCUACACUGUAAUUCAAGUUCCAGAGGAUGUACUCAGAAGCAUAACUGAUGCAGUAUGACUCGUAAUUCUCUUGCAAAAUUUACGGAUCAACUGAUUGUUUCAGAAUCUAAUAUUGCUGCAGGUUCUGAGGAGAUUACUGGAGAUGAUGAAGCAUGAAGUGGAUGUUGGAUUGAUCUCAGACUAUGCCAACUUCAGAAGAGGGAAAUUGAUGAAACUUGGAGCUGCUGCAACAACUAAUGAGCUCAAGAAGGUUCAUGGAUGAUUAAGCUGCUGUUCCAUGCGCUGGCGUCGAUCUCGGACACGCGCCGUCGCUCCAAGACGAUGUCGGACACAUGGCGUGCGCCACCGCUCCAUCGCAUGCACUUUGUCCUCCUUAAAUUUUGACUCAUCUCUGCUCGAUGAGAAGGAAACUCGACACGGUCGGUUAGCUGCUCGACGAUAUGCAUCCUCGAACCUCGUCGCUGCUUUUUUUGCUGCUGUUGCUCCUUGUGGCGGUGGAAAUUCCUGCGCCGGCCGUGGCGACGGCGUCAAAAGUGACAACCGAGGAUGAGACGGAGCAGGGAAUUAGCGAUGGGGAAAAGGACGAGUCGUGGACCGAGUGGGCCAAGGAAAAGAUCACCGGAGGACUUGGUCUCAGUAAACACCACCACGAAGGCCAUGAGGAGGAGAGAGACACUUCGAAGAAAGCCGAAGAGGCCGCGGAGAAGGCUCGGGAGGCAGCCAGAGAGACGGCCUACGAGAAGGCAAAGCAAGCUGGAGAAGCAGCUAAGAAGACUUCAGACGUGAUUAAAGAAGGCGUCUCGGAAGCUGGAAGUCGCACAGCAGAGAAGGUUGCAAAAUUCAGGGAGGCCGCCAAGGAAACUUCUGAGGAGCUUGCAGGCAAGGUGAAAGAGAAGGCGUCGACUGCGAAGGAAACCGCGGAAGAGCUCGCAGGUAAGGAAAAAGAGAAGGCCAAAGAGGCCACAGAGAGUGCGGCUGAGAAGGCAAAAGAGACAACGGAGGCCGCCGGGGGUAAGGCCAAGGAUAAAGCCGGGAGGGCGAAGGAAUCAACCGAAGAGACCACCGAGGCUGCCAGAAAGAAAGCCCGAGAGAAGGCGGAGCCGGCGAAGGAAGCGAUGGAGUUGGCUAAGGAAAAGUUGACGUCGGUGAAGGAGAACGUCGCCGGUGGAUCAGGCCCACGGCGAGAGGAGGAGCUGUGACGGUGACCUCUCUCGUGUAUAAUAUAUUUGGUUCAACGUAAUACAAGAAGAGUACGGAUGCCCAUACUACGUUAAUGCCAUUCUAAUGAGAAAUAUAAAACUUUUAACGAGGGUCUAUCUGGUUUGUAAUUCGACAGUAUCAUAAUAUAUUUGUGAUGAGA